GUCUCCAGGGGCGGAAGAGAGGGGGCAUGCCUGGGCAAGUGCCCCCGGGCGAAAUUCCGGCGAAAUAGGAUUAGGGUAGCUAUCGGCGAUGGGAGGCCGGAUUUGCCCCCCAGAUUUGUCCAGCUUCCACUUCCAGUCUUUGCCUCUCUGGUCCAGCAGCCGUGCUCGAAGAAGAUGAACAAUCGCCGAAGAAGAAAAUAAACAAACGGCACCACGAGUGGUUUGCAACCAUAAGUUGUUAACAAUUGAUUGGGUGAUGAUGUUGACAAUGAAAGUUUAUAUAGUAGAAAGAUAGUAAUUUUUAUAAACAAAAAAAGGUCUUUGGUGGUUUUUUUUUGUUCUUGGUAGUUUGCUAUCAUCAUUCAAUUCUUGUUCUAUUCUGUGUUCUUGAUAUCUUGUUUGGCUUUUCUUGUUUUUGAUGGGUUCUGAAGUGGGCGAGCAAGAAUCAUUAGUUUCUUUGUUUAACAGACACAAAGAUGGAGUCUUUAUACUCUUGAAAGACAAAAGUAGCUUCGAUCAGUCCCCACCUCGUGUCCAAAACGCCGAAAGUUUUUCGGAUGACUUCUCAUGAACUUGUUUAGUCUUGUUUUUCAAUUCUCUGCAAAAUUAUUGCUCUCGAUAAAGGAUCCAAAGAAAUUGUUGUACUUGGUUGACUGAUUUACACCAGCCAUGAAGAGGUCACUUGAUAGCUCUGAUUCAUUGGGUGUUUUGAUGUCCAUCUGUCCAACCACUCCAGGUGACCCAAAUCAAGGGAGCGGCCAUGUUUACUCGAGAGAGUUCCAGACGAUGCUGGAGGGUCUUGAUGAAGAAGGGUGCAUAGACGAAUCAGGGCAUCUGAUGACGGAGAAGAAGAGGCGUCUGAGUGUGGAACAGGUCAAGGCUCUCGAGAAGAACUUUGAGGUGGAGAACAAGCUCGAACCCGAACGGAAAGUGAAGCUGGCUCAAGAGCUGGGCUUGCAGCCUAGGCAGGUGGCGGUUUGGUUCCAGAACCGCCGCGCCCGGUGGAAGACAAAGCAGCUCGAGAGAGACUAUGGUGUUCUCAAAGCCAACUAUGAUUCUCUUAAGCAAAAGUAUGAAACUCUCCACCAUGACAAUGAAGCCCUCCUCAAAGAAAUCCGAGAACUGAAAGCGAAGCUGGUUGGAGAAAGUGGAGGAAACGUGGUUAUGGUGAAGGAAGAGACGGUGGAAUCAGAGAGCGAAGAACUAGAAAGGAAGAACACAGAACCAACGGACCAAGAAACCCAGUUCAAUAACCUUCAAGACUGCUGCAAUGGAGGGCUAAUUUCAUUUGCCGAUCUCAAAGACGGGUCAUCAGACAGCGAUUCGAGCGCGAUCCUUAACGAGGACAACAGCCCAAACGCGGCUGCUGCCAUUUCUUGCUCCGGGGCCUUCUUGAUGAUGCCUAAUGGUUGCGGGUCUCCUUCCUCUCUGUCUGCGAAUCGCUUCAACCAGAACCCGGUGGUCAGGGAUGAGGUGUGCAGGAAGGCGUAUCAGCCGCCCCCGGCUCAGCUGGUGAAGAUAGAGGAGUAUAACUUCUUUGGAGGCGGCGGCGGCGAGGAAGCGUGCAGUAGUUUGUUCUCAGACGAGCAAGCCCCAAUACUCCAUUGGUACUCCCCGGAGGACUGGAAUUGAACUGAAACAAGUGUUCAUCAUGAAUCGAAGAACAAAUAAAUAGAAAAAAAAAGUUUUUUUUUUUGAAUUUGUAAAAAGCUGAAAUGAAUAUAUGAUCUUCAU